AUGGGGAUCCUUACACCAGCAAGACUAGCCCAGUUGGCAGCUACUCCACUUCUGGAGAAUUCCUGGUAUUAUAUUGCUGCUACUACCUUUAGUGUGUGCAACGAGCCAGAUGAGAUUCCUAAAAUCUAUGAGUAUAUGAUGGAAAAAUUGGCCAAUGAUCGUAAUGGACAGUUAAAAAUGACACGCAAAAUGCGGGAGUCGCUAAUGAAAGGAGCUGCGUUAGGCGGGUUACCCAAAUCAAUCAACUCUUUGACCCAGUUGAAGAAUGUCACUCCGACUGAUCUCCGUGAGCCUGUAUUACAGCGAGAUAAGCCCUCUCGUGAAGAAGCCGAGGGUCGUGGACGUGCCAUGUUUGACCAUGUGUAUGGAAAAAUAGCCAAGAGAGUUUCAGGACAGAUGGCCACUGCCUAUCCAGAUUUGGAGUACUACGCCAUCAACCACGUCUAUGGUCCAUUACUCUCAUAUACCAGCAUUCUCACCCCCAAAGAGACCAGUUUUGUCAUAGUCGCAUGUCUGAUUCCUCAAGACGUCAAUCCUCAACUGAAGGGGCAUUUGAAGGGAGCUCUUAAUAAUGGGGCUACGAAGGAAGAGGUUGCUUCCGUGCGAGACAUGGCGCUAGUUAUCAGCAAUUGGUGUGGUAUCAGCUGGAAAUCCGAAGUAGCCAAGCUGUAA